AUGCGAGCAAGCAGCGCCAGCCGCCGCCCGCUCCCUCCCUCUCUCUCUCUCCCCGAUCCCGGCGGGAACGCAGCGCCGCUGGCUCCGGCCAGUGCCCCGCGCCCAGGGCCCGCGCAGGGCGGGCGGGGAUGCCCGGCUGGCGGCUGCCUUCGGGCGUCCUUGUAGGAGACCCUCCCCCUCCCGAGCCCACGCUGGAAGCUGCGACGGCGUCAGGGCUUUUGUUCCCGGUGCCCAGCCCUCCCCACCCCCGUUCCUUGCCCGGCCCAAGCCCCGCUUGCCCAACUCGCCUCCGGCUGCUCUUUUUCCUUUAUUAUCCUCGUCGCAUCGCGGAGAUGCGCCCUCUCUCCCCGCCACCCACGGAGUCUCGCUGCGUUGGGAUCGAGCGAGGCUGAGCUCUGUGGGAGCACAGACACAAGGGAAGGAUGCCUGUGGUGUGGCCUACUCUUCUGGACCUCAGUAGGGAUGAGUGCAAGAGGAUCCUUCGCAAACUGGAACUGGAGGCCUAUGCAGGUGUCAUCAGUGCCUUACGCGCACAGGGAGACCUUACAAAAGAGAAGAAGGAUCUUCUUGGAGAACUCUCUAAAGUGCUUAGUAUUUCAACAGAGCGACAUCGUGCUGAAGUUCGGAGAGCAGUAAAUGAUGAACGACUAACAACAAUUGCACACAAUAUGUCUGGACCAAACAGCUCUUCUGAGUGGUCCAUAGAAGGUCGUCGGCUGGUGCCGCUGAUGCCACGGCUUGUGCCACAAACAGCUUUCACUGUCACCGCCAAUGCUGUUGCCAACGCAGCCAUCCAGCACAAUGCGUCUCUUCCAGUUCCUGCAGAAACUGGGAACAAAGAAGUGGUGGUUUGCUAUUCCUACACAAGUACCACUUCAACCCCAACAUCUACCCCUGUUCCAAGUGGCAGUGUAGCAACAGUGAAGUCCCCCAGACCUGCCAGUCCAGCCUCCAAUGUAGUCGUCUUGCCAAGUGGAAGUACUGUUUACGUCAAAAGUGUCAGCUGCUCAGAUGACGAUGAAAAGCCCCGCAAAAGACGGCGAACGAAUUCUUCUAGUUCUUCCCCUGUUCUCCUGAAAGAAGUCCCGAAGGCAGUGACUCCUGUCACUAAAACUAUCACAGUGCCUGUAAGUGGGAGCCCCAAAAUGAGUAAUAUAAUGCAGAGCAUUGCCAACUCCUUACCACCACACAUGUCGCCUGUGAAAAUAACCUUCACUAAGCCCUCAACACAGACAACAAACACCACAACACAGAAGGUCAUAAUAGUAACCACCUCUCCAAGCUCAACUUUUGUACCCAACAUCCUUUCCAAGUCCCACAACUAUGCAGCAGUCACAAAACUUGUCCCAACAUCAGUCAUUGCCUCAACUACUCAAAAGCAGCCCGUGGUUAUCACUGCUUCCCAGUCCUCUGUGGGCAGCAGCAGCAGCAGCUGCUCCACUCCCUCCUGCACUGCAAAUACCAUUGCUGUGACUGCUGUAGUGUCAUCCACACCGUCAGUGGUUAUGUCCACAGUAGCACAAGGUGUAUCUACAUCAGCAGUUAAAGUUGCCUCUACCAGACUACCUUCCCCAAAAGGUUUGGUUGGGAAUCCAACUCAGAUCUUAGCACAGUUUCCCAAACAGCAUCAGCAAUCUCCCAAACAGCAGCUGCACCAAGUCCAGCAGGCCCAACAGCAGCAGCAGCAACCGCAGCAGCAGCAGCAGCUGGUGCCGUGUUCUGCAGCCCAGCAGCAGCCACAGCAGUCUCAGCUGCCAGCUGGCAUCAAGCCCACCAUUCAGAUCAAACAGGAAUCAGGUGUUAAAAUAAUCACUCAGCAGGUGCAGCCCAGUAAAAUCCUUCCCAAACCAGUUACAGCGACCUUGCCCAGCAGUAGCAAUUCACCCAUUAUGGUGGUUAGCAGUAAUGGGACUAUCAUGACAACUAAACUGGUCACUACUCCCACUGGAACUCAAGCAACUUAUACACGGCCGACGGUGAGCCCCUCUCUGGGAGCUCGGAUGGCUGGAACUCCAGGGGCUGCUACUUAUGUGAAAACUACAAGUGGUAGCAUCAUUACUGUAGUACCAAAAUCCCUGGCUACUCUAGGAGGAAAGAUCAUCAGCAGUAAUAUUGUUUCUGGAACUACAACAAAAAUUACUACAAUUCCAAUGACAUCGAAACCUAAUGUGAUUGUUGUGCAAAAAACUACUGGAAAAGGAACUACAAUUCAAGGGCUUCCAGGCAAAAACGUUGUCACAACACUGCUGAAUGCUGGGGGGGAGAAAACUAUUCAGGCAGUGCCAGCAGGAGCAAAACCUGCUAUCAUCACUGCCACAAGACCCAUCACAAAAAUGAUUGUUACACAGCCAAAAGGAAUAGGGUCCACGGUCCAGCCAGCCACCAAAAUCAUCCCAACUAAAAUUGUUUAUGGUCAACAAGGGAAAACACAGGUCCUCAUAAAACCAAAGCCAGUGACAUUUCAAGCAACAGUUGUGAGUGAACAAACCAGACAGCUGGUGACUGAAACGUUACAGCAGGCUUCAAGGGUAGCAGAGACAGGAAACUCGUCUCUCCCAGAAGUGAAAGAAGAACCACAAACCUACACUGACAGUAGUUCUUCUUCUACAGAGUCUUCCCAGAGCUCUCAAGAUUCUCAGCCUGUAGUCCAUGUGAUUGCUUCAAGAAGUCAAGAUUGGUCAGAACAUGAAAUUCCUGUGGACACAAACCCUACAAUAAUUUACCAGGAUGUAUCCAGUGAAUCUCAGUCAGCUACUUCCACAAUAAAAGCUUUGCUGGAACUUCAGCAGACAACAGCAGUGAAGGAAAAGUUGGAAUCAAAGCCAAGGCAGCCUACCAUUGACUUGAGCCAAAUGGCUGUUCCAAUCCAGAUGACUCAAGAAAAGAGGCAUUCUCCAGAAAGUCCUUCAAUUGCUGUUGUAGAGUCAGAACUAGUGGCUGAAUAUAUCACAACUGACUCAGGAAGACAACACUGUAUUGGUUCACAUUCGGAAGAAUAUCUACACAACCAUAUAGUCAGUCAUCGGUCCCAGCCCCACCAGUCAUCUCAGCCCCAGAGGACUCUGGUGCAGCACUUGGCUCAGUCCCAGACAGCAACGCAGACUUCUGUUGUGGUGAAAUCUAUUCCUGCAUCCUCCACUGGCGCCAUUACCCAUAUCAUGCAGCAGGCCUUAAGCAGUCACACUGCAUUUACCAAACACAGUGAACAGCUUGGAACUGAGGAGGGAGAAGUGGAAGAGAUGGACACCUUAGAUCCUCAGACUGGCCUGUUUUACAGAUCUGCCCUGACACAAUCGCAGGCACAAAAGCAGCAAAAACUGAGUCAGCCGCAGCUGGAACAGACUCAACUGCAAGUGAAAACUCUGCAGUGUUUCCAGACUAAGCAGAAGCAGACAAUCCACCUGCAGGCUGAUCAAAUCCAGCACAAACUCCCACAAAUGCCCCAACUUUCCAUAAGACAUCAAAAGCUAACCCCCCUGCAGCAAGAGCAAGCACAGACCAAACCAGAUGCACAGCACCCCCCACAUCAUAUGAUGGCCAAAGAAAGGCAACUCCCUACCUUAGUGGCACAGCCACAGCAAACUGUAGUACAGGUGCUUGCAGUAAAAACCACGCAGCAGCUGCCCAAACUGCAACAGGCACCAACGGCACAAAAAAUCUACGUGCAACCCCAGCCCCCCCAGAGUCAAAUGCAGCUACCUGCCUCUUCAGAGAAACAGCCAGCAAGCCAGGCAUCCACGGAGACAUCAGUAGGAGAUAUAUUGAGAGUGUCUAUGGUGGAAUCUCAGAUUGAUGCAAACAUAGAACACACGGUAGUGGAUCCCCCAAACAAGGCCACGUCCACUAGUACAGCUGCUAGUGAAGCAGAGUCGUCACCUUGUACCCAGGGCCCGAGGGUGGCUGCAGUAGGGAUGACGGCACCUUCCAUCCCCCAGCAACAGACACAUACAGAAUCCAGCUCAAGUCCUCCUGCUGUUGGUCCUACUUUAACAGAGAGGAAACUCGAGGCACGAGGAAUACCUACAACAAACCAGUUUAUACACAUUCAGAAUAUAUCACAAAAGAAAGCUGAAGAGAGCUCUUCAGAAAUUGUUGUCCAGACUAUCCCUCACUAUCCCAUCCCUUGUCACUCCAGCUCCAAUGUGGUGGUGGAACCCAGUGGGCUCCUGGAGCUCAACAACUUCACCAGUCAGCGCCUCGAUGAUGAGGAGACAGCAAUGGAGCAGGAUGUGGACAGCAGCACUGAGGACGGCACUGAGCCCAGCCCCUCUCAAAGUUCUCUUGAACAAUCCUAAGGAAUAGAGACAUUGGAGUGUACUUUAAAAUAUCUUGGGAUUUUUGAGCAUCCAAGAUGCCCUUCUAUUGUGAUGUCUUAGAGCACUUUGCCUAUUAGAAUUGUUCGUUGGACUCUUGAAGCAUCAGUAGGUUUUAACAAUACAGUAUUGCAAAAGCUGAAUCUUAAAAAUUGUUUUGGAAAAAAAAAAAAGAGAUGUAGGUACCAAGAUUUAGUAAACCUGUGACAGUGGAAUGUACUCCUGUUCAGAAACAAAUCUGUAAUGAAUUCUACAGCUUGUGCUAUUGAAGCCCUUGCCCAGAUACUGAAACAGCUUUAAGUGAAAAAGGAUCAUUAUUUUGCUGUGUCUUUUUAGCUGUUGAGCAAAACACCAUUUAAAAAAAGAAAACAUUUAAUAAAUAUUUUUAUUUUCAAAUAGCAUGUGAGAGAAAAAAUGUCUCUGACAGUGCUUGAAAAGCCCCAGGAAGUUUGGAAUUGUUUGGCUUUCUUGCACUCAUGCUCACUUAAAAAUUUUUUUCAGAAGCUUAAAAUAUUUUUUUUUAAAUUCUCGGUGAAUGUUUGGAAAUAAGCAAAACUGCUAUCUGGUCACAAAGUGGAUUUGCUAGUGGAGUUUUGUUUUCAUGCUUUACAAGAAGUCGGGUAAUAAUAGAUGAGGCAUUUCUUUCUGCCAUAAGCAUACAAAAUGCUCAUCUACUCUAGUUAACCUUUGAUUAUUUAUUUAAAUAUGAAAUUUAAAGUGAGACAAGUUGUUGAAAAAAGUUCCUGUGAAACAGGCAGUUGUAUUAAUUCUAGUAUGAACUAGGGAGAAGGAGGUGCAUUUUGCUAUAAUCAGUUUUUCAAAAUUGGGGAUAAAUAGUUCAACAUCUUUCCAGGUUGAACUUGAGAAUUUAGAAGUGAGCUAAGACUUCUAAAAAUCUAUAUUUUACUCUUACAUGCUGUUUUUAAAAUUGACCAUUUGGGGAGUUUAAAAGCUUAAAUGGGUGUACAAUGGUGGGUUUCUGAAAUUAGCCUUAUGCCUUGGCUUGUUGAAGCAAUACAUUGGGGUUUUGUGGUAGUUACAAGUCACAGAGAGCGGUUUGGGUUCAGAUGGGACAAGAGAACCAGUUUUAAUACAUUCUCGUAAUUGAGACAAUACUUUUUUUUUCAAAAUGUAUAUAAAACCAUGUUUUUAACUGUUUUGUAUAGAUUUCAUUAUAAAUAACUAAGCAUUUUAUGACUUUGACAUCAUUUAAUUGUAUAUAAAUGUAUAAGCCUAACUGCCCACAUUUUGGUGCUGAAGUACUGUAAGUAGAUUUCAUCCAAAAUCUAAUACAGCUUUUUGCAUCAGUCUUUUCUUUUUAAACUGUCAUUUUACUGUUGAUAUCAUAGUUAAGGUUGAAUUCCAGUUGGAGUAACUCAAACUGAAAAAUAUAGACCCUCAGACCCUAAAAACCAUUAUCUAACCUGUUCUGAAUCCGCCUAUGUUGGAACUUGCAGUAACCCCUAGAGGGGGCUCUUGGUUUUCUCUAACAUCAGUUGUCUUAUAAACUAAGUCACUGGGAUCUUAAUAUAGUUAUUUUUUCCUUCUGUCUUCUUUUUCCAUCAGCGUUAGUUCUAAAAUAAUGUAGAACAGAAUUGUGGAGAAAUGUCCUGAAAAAUUCUACAUGCAAAUACUGGAAUAGUGGAUUAUAAAACUAAUGAUUUUUGUGUUACCUUUGUAUUGAAAUCAAGUAUCAGUUUGGAUUCUGAUGUCCAUAGUGCUCAGGAUUGAAGAGAAUAAUAUGUUUAAAUGAAAUAUUCCACAUUCCUUUCUUUAGUUAAAUCAUAACCCUGCCAGUCAUUUUAGGUAGUUCAGGUUUUAAUAAUUAUUCAGGAGAUUUUACUCUUGUUUUAAUGAGACCACAGCAAUCAACAAAAGUGAAGAAGUUAUGCUCUAAGUUGUGAAUUUCCACAUUGCUACAGGAUGACAAAAAGAGGCUUAAUACCGAUGUUAUUGGCAGUGGACUGUCUGUUGUGCUUUGCAUAAGUCAGCAUAAGGAGUGCUCUGUAUUUCCAUGCGCAGUUGUGACAGGUCCAAAGCAGGUGACACACACAGUUCUUCUGGCUUGUAUCAAAUUUUCAUUGCCACCUGGGCUCGUGUAGUCCUUUGAGUGUCCCUGGUGUAUGUAGGACUGGAAGGCCAUGAGAGUAUAACAGAGAGCAAGACUUUUCUUAAGCACUUAUGACUAAGAACAUUGGCCCGAGUUAAAGUUUCAGUUUUAGGUGAAGGUAUAUGCUCUCCCCAGCCAAAAAUAGAUACCAAGAAAUAGUGUAAGGUGAAUUCAACACCUAAUGGGUUCACUGUAUUGUUGAGU